CCAGCCGAAAAAAAUAAAACCAGAAACACCACUUUUGCUAUACGGAAGAAUCAUCCAAAAACCCUAAUCCCCAAAUUUUGCACUUUCUCUCUCCUCCAAAUCGAACGUCAAGGACUCAUCAAUGGCGGCCGGAGGACCAAAUUUAGAAUGCAGAAUGUACGAAUCAAGGUACCCAGAGGUAGACGUGGCUGUGAUGAUUCAAGUGAAGAACAUCGCAGACAUGGGCGCAUAUGUGUCACUCUUAGAGUACAACAACAUUGAAGGUAUGAUCCUUUUCUCGGAGCUUUCUCGUCGUCGGAUUCGGAGUGUCAACAGUCUUAUCCGGGUGGGCCGAACGGAACCCGUGAUGGUUCUUAGGGUUGAUAAGGAAAAGGGUUACAUCGAUCUUAGCAAGCGUAGGGUUUCUGAGGAAGAUAUUGAACAGUGUGAGGAACGUUAUAAUAAGAGUAAGCUUGUUCACUCUAUUAUGCGUCAUGUUGCUGAGACUAUGAACAUGGAUUUGGAGGAUCUAUACAUACGUAUUGGGUGGCCUCUGUAUCGGAAAUUUGGACAUGCUUUUGAGGCAUUCAAGUCAAUAGUGAAUGACCCUGACACAAUUUUGGAUCCACUUACCUAUGAAGUCAAAGAAACCGGUCCUGAUGGUCAAGAGGUAACUAAAGUGAUCCCUGCUGUGACCCCAGAGAUUAAGGAAUCUCUGAUUAACAAUAUUAGACGAAGGAUGACUCCUCAGCCUCUUAAAAUUCGUGCUGAUAUUGAAAUGAAAUGUUUCCAGUAUGAUGGAGUGCUUCAUAUCAAGGAUGCCAUGCGUAAAGCUGAAGCUGCUGGAACAGAUGACUGCCCUGUGAAAAUUAAACUAGUUGCACCACCGCUUUAUGUCCUGACCACUCAGACUCUUGAUAAGGAACAAGGUCUUUCAACCCUACACAAGGCAAUUGAUGCUUGUAUUGAAGAAAUCGAACGUCAUAAGGGAAAACUGGUGGUGAAGGAUAAGCCAAGAACUGUGAGUGAAAGGGAUGAUAAAGUACUCCGAGAUUACAUGGAAAAAAUGCGUCUACAAAAUGAAGAGAAGGGUGCAGACGAGGACAGUGAAGAGGACGAUGAUACUGGAAUGGGUGAUGUCGAUAUUGAUAAUGCCGGGAUAAAAGAGUAGGUUGGUUGAAUCUAGAAGAGGGGAAAAAGUUGAUGGCAGAAUAUUUUCUCCCUCUUUUCUUGCUGAUAAUUUUUGCAUGCAAUUUAUUGUUGGAUUGGUCGAGAAAUGUACAUGCCCGGAGAAAAAAGGCUUUUUUUUUUUUGCAACGAGUAGUUUGAGAUCCCUGGAAUGUCUUUAUUUGUUAUGCUACAAAAUAGUCAGACUUAUAGUAUAUGAUAGCAUUUCACCAUGAA